AUGUCCAUCUUGCCAGGCAUUGCGACGAUGCCUUCUUCCGCCACGGAAGCUGCUGCGAUUCACGCCCUGCCCGUCAGGGAAGUUAACGCCGUGCCUGUCGCCGAAGCUAUCCCCAUGCCCGUCACGGAAAGCAUCCCCACGCCCGUCACAGAAACUAUCGCCCUGUCUGGCACACGAGACUUCUUUCGUCGCGCAUUUCCCAGCGACUCCGAAAUGGAUCUUGACCUCUCUCGGCGGUUUGAGAUGGGCGGAGAGACGUACAUGGCCGGACCGACUACGCAGGUCAAGCUUUCAUCCAUUAGAUCUGGCAGUCCUAUCAAGUACCUAACGGUCCUCCUUCAUGAUGACAAGAAUCCAAGCUACAUCACCGCAGAAUGGUUUCGACAGCAGAUUCGUGACGCCAAAGCUUGCGACGUAGUGCACGACGACUUCUUGGAAUGUGUGCUUGUCAUGAAGGUGAACCCCGCUGUCAUUGUCUCGGAUCUUGCAAAGAUGGUCCUUCAGAGCCUUAGAACCGAUUGGGUUCAUUCCUGUCCUGUUCAGGACGGCCUUUCACCCGGACCUUACGUGGUUGUACAAGGCGAACUCGCACCGGUCUGGAAGCUUUACGAUGACACGAACGGUGCAUUUGUUCACACCUUCCGUCCCGACUCUGCUGGCGCCAUUAAUGAACUGCGACUUGGUGGAACUCAUCCUGAGUCCAUGGCUGUUGCCAUCCCGUCGCGACUGGUACAUGCACAGACCGAUAAACGUCCGCUCCAAGGCACCAGAAUUGCGAUCAAAGACAUAUUCAAGAUUCGCCACAUCCGUAACACUCUCGGCAACAAAGCCUACUACAACUUGUAUCCGGCGUCUACCGAGACCGCAGAAUGCGUCGAUCUCCUCACGCAAGCUGGCGCCAUGAUCGUAGGCACUACCAAGCUUGGCUCGUUCACCACAGCAGAAGAGCCUUCUGAGUCUAUCGACUAUCAAGCACCGUGGAACCCGCGCGGCGAUGGCUACCAGACACCGGCGGGAAGCAGCAGUGGCAGUGCAGCUGCCAUUGCAGCUUACCAUUGGCUCGACAUUGCCAUUGGUUCUGACACGGUCGGUGGUGGCAGACUUCCUGGGGUGUGGAACGGCUGCUAUGCAAUGCGGCCUACUCAUGGCGUCCUCCCGGCAGAGGGCUAUAUUCCCAGCUUCCCGUACUUUGACACUCCCAUGUUUUACGGACGAGACAUUCAGGAGUGCAAGAAGUUCGCCAUGGCGUGGUACGGCAAAGCCCUAGAAGCUUCGCCGCCCAAGGUCACGGGAAAACCUGCUAUCAUCUUCCCCUCCGACUCCAUGUUCAAGAUCACGAACAAGGCUCAAAUCAACCUCAUCAAGGCCUUCAUCAAAGAUCUUGAGACAUCUCUCGGAGUUCCCCAUGAGAAGGUCUCUAUCAAAGAGCUAUGGAAGAGCACAGCACCUCGCGAAGCGAACGGACACCCUGCUGCAUUGCAUAUGCUAGACAGCGUCCUCAAUUCGUUUUUCUACGACGACUAUCAUAGCUUCGACCGGUUCCGCCAGGAUUAUGCCGCUAAGCACACGAAGGAGCCGUAUGUCACCGCUCCAGUACGCCGGCGAUGGGAGGUGUCUUCUCAUAGCACACAGGGGCAACGGGACAGUGCCGUAGCCAAGCUGGCCGUCUACCGCAAGUGGAUGCUUGAGCAUGUCCUCAAGGAAGGCCAGAAAGAUGCCCUCCUACUGCUUCCGAUUGAAGACAUGUCUCCUCGGUACCGCGACGACCCCCCGAAGAUCGAUUUGGCUACGGACUUGCCUGACCUCCACAUCUCUCCGAUUCUGGGCGCCCCCGAGCUGACCGUACCGAUUGGACACGUUCCGUAUUACUCGAAGGUCACUGGAAAGAUGGAGAGUCUCCCGGUUGCCAUCUCGGUUCUAGCAGCUCCUGGUCGGGAUCUGCAGCUCUUCGAUGUGGUGCAGGCCUGUCUGGAGCGCGCCGGCCGACCGCUGUCCGUCAAGACUGGUUCUAAAAUGUUCUAG